CCGACCGGUUCGGGUUGCAAAUAGAAAGGUCUUUCCGUUCGCGGUGGUUCGGAUUGUUACUGAAAGUGAUUAUUUUAGGGGAAUUCAACAGAAGACGCAAAAAACAAGGUGUUUUUUUGUAAAAACGUUUCAGAUAAUUUCAGCCAGUGAAAUGAACGGAUUCCAACCAACGAUGAGCGAACAGGACGCUGCUGCCGAGGGUAUCCAGUACGAUCGGUUGAAGUAUUCCGAUCCGGAAGCCCUGAUGCGGCAUCUCUACUACAGCUGCAUGGGAAACAAUUCUGGUGGUUUGGCCAUUAAGCAAGCUGCUCGUACGAGUACAAACCGCAACCAGGAGCCGUUGCAACUGUUCUGUCCCCGACGUUUCGAUGGCUGGACAUGCUGGAACUCUCAGCCAGCUGGAACGGUCGCAGAAAACAAUUGUCCUAAUUUCGUGUUGGGAUUCGAUUCGAAUCGAUUAGCAUAUCGCGUUUGCCACUCGAAUGGAUCCUGGUUCGUACAUCCCGAGUCCGGUCGGGAAUGGUCCAAUUAUACCAAUUGCAUCGAUGCAGAUGACAUGCAGUUCCGUCGGUUGGUGAAUGAUCUCUACAUUGGAGGUUACACCGUGUCACUCGUUACGCUCGUCGUUUCCUUGUGCGUUUUUUUCAGCUUCAGGACUCUCAAGUGCACCCGCAUCCGUAUUCACAUCAAUUUGUUCAUAUCUCUGGCGCUGAGCUGCAUCUUCUGGAUAGUGUGGUACAAAUUCGUCGUCGAGGAUCCGGAGGUGGCCAACCGGAAUGGGUAUUGGUGUAUUAGUUUACAUAUUCUGCUGAACUAUCUGAUGUUGGUGAACUAUUUCUGGAUGUUUUGCGAAGGACUCCAUCUGCAUCUGGUGCUAGUGAUAGUUUUUAUCAAGGAUACUAUUGCAAUGCGCUGGUUUUUCAUCGUUGGCUGGAUUCUACCGAUUUUGCUGGUCUCGGUGUAUGCAACGAUUCGCAAAAAAUACACGGCGGAUAUCGAGCACUGCUGGAUGGAGGAAAGUCACGCCAUGUGGUUACUCACGGUACCGGUUUGCAUUUCCCUCAUUGCGUCUCUGAUAUUCCUUAUCAAUGUGGUUCGGGUGCUGCUGACGAAGCUCAGCUCCACCUCGCCCAAUCCAGCCCCACUAGGACUGAAGAAGGCUACCCGGGCGACGCUCAUUUUGAUCCCGCUUUUCGGUUUGCAGCAUAUAUUGUUACCGUUCCGGCCGGAUAAGGGAUGCGAGCUGGAGCGCUACUAUCAGAUCACGUCGGCAGUGUUGAUUAGCCUGCAGGGUGCAGCGGUGUCCUGUUUAUUCUGCUUCGCCAAUCACGACGUGAUUUUUGCAGUCAAGUGUCAACUGAGCCGCUUUCUGCCCGAUCUGGUGGAGCAUCCGUACCGCGAGAGUUUCAACGGUGGCCAUCAGGCAACGCAGAGCCGCGAUAUGGUGGUAUGACUGUUGGGCUUCCGGCGCGGAACGCGAACAACUGGAAGUCACGAGAUCGUUGGCGAAUACGUCGAAGGGGUUGUCUAGAAAGUACGAUGCUUCAAACAGGUUGUGGAUGAUUCGUCCGAUCCGGUUCAUCAUUGGUUUGACUGCGAACUGAUUACGAAAUACACGGGAGCGGAUGGUAUGUAAUAAUUGCAAAUAGCUCUAUAGUAUGAGCGACAUUCGUCCACGAGCACUAAGUAGAGAGGAUAUAACUGUUCUCAAAUUUACUGUUCCCAUCCAAGAAAUGUUUCCUAUACUAGGAUGUGCUAGUUUGAUAGAGUUAACAGUUCCAAUAUUAAACGAUCGCAAAGAUCAAGCGACGCUGAUAAAACGUAAAAUAAUGAAAACUGGGUUUUAACAUUUUCUUACUAGUAUAGAGUGAACUAUAGUCCCAGU